AUGGUCCAAAAUAUCGGGGAGCUGGUGACAAAGGUUCUUCCCCAUUCUUUUGAGACUCCUUUUGGUGGAGAGGGUACCCGGGAGAGAAUCCAGGACAUCAUGAAGUACAACCGUAAAAUUUUGGAAGAGAUGGGCCGAGAACCAACCUUCCCCCCCCCCGCAAAGGAUGGCAAGUGCUCUGAAGCCCGCAAGAAGAUGAUCAAAAGCAUGAAGAAAAAUUUUGGAUUGCAGCCAUAUGGGGAGUUGGAGGCUUACAGUACCACUAUCUUGCCCAAGGAAGUAGGUAAACUGUUGAACUCGCGCGAGAAGGAAAGCCUGGAUCUUCAGUGGGCCGUCCUUCAGGCCACUUGGCUUCAACUAGAACCCUGA